GGCUCCGAUUCAACAGGUUUUCCUAUCUGCUCAGAUAGGGCCCUCCCUGCCCUAAGCAUAGCCAGCAAGAGCAUGCGCUGUCACUGGACAAGUCCUGGGCUGGGAGUUGGGAGACCCUGGUUGUAAUUCUAGCUCUGAAAGAGCGCAUCCCCUUUGGCAGGAGUGACGGCUGGUGGAAAGAUGGAUGUUUCAGACAAAAAAAAAAAAAAAAAUUCUCCUUAAAUAUAGCCUUGGGAGUGCCACUUGACCCCAGUGAGCCUCAGUUUCCACAUCCAUAAAAUGGCGAUGGUAAUUACACAGGGUCUAAUGAGAUCUCUGACGUAAAAACUCUGGAGAGUCUUAUUACUCACCUCUCUGGGGCAUAUUUAUCUCACGGGAAAAUAGAGUAAAACUAGUUGCUUUGUAAGUGUCCUGCCAGUUCAGAGGGCCUGUGAUUUCGUAAGCGGGUUGUUGGGAAGUGAAGCCCGCAAUUAGCUGAGAGGGAGAGCUCACUGGCUUUAUUUUUGUUUUCACAUGGUUUACCUGUAAACUAAGUGUAGGCUACAAGUCGUCUGUGAUCGCUGGGUCUAGAGCUUGACUCUGGAGAAAGGAAAGGAAGAAUGGAAGCCUGGUGAAGAGGCAGAGAAGCCUGAGGGAGUUCAGCCCUGGCAGCAGCCCCCCUGAAUUCCUGGUGGUGAGAGGAUGUGGCCCCUGGACACAUCGCGGAAAGAGGUCCUGGGGUUUGCAGUCAGCUGCCGUGUCCUGACUCUGGUGCUGCAGGCUCUCUUCAAUGCCAUCAUCCCAGACCAUCAUGCGGAAGCCUUCUCACCUCCUCGCCUCGCCCCCUCCGGCUCUGUGGACCAACUUGUGGAAAGUCUCCUGGGCGGCCUGUCUCACUGGGAUGCUGAACACUUCCUGUUCAUUGCUGAGCAUGGCUACCUGUAUGAGCACAACUUUGCCUUCUUCCCCGGUUUCCCCCUGGUCCUGUUGGUGGGGACUGAAUUGCUGAGACCCCUGUGGGGGUUACUGAGCCUACGGAGUUGCCUGCUAAUCUCAGUAGCAUUGCUCAAUUCCUUGUUCUCCGUGCUGGCCGCACUUGCGCUUCAUGACCUGGGCUGUCUGGUUUUGCGCUGUCCCCGCCAGGCUUUUUAUGGAGCGCUGCUCUUCUGCCUCAGCCCCGCCAAUGUCUUCCUGGCGGCUGGCUACUCAGAAGCUUUGUUUGCCCUCCUGACAUUCAGCGCCCUGGGGCAGCUGGAAAGGGGCCGAAGCUGGACUAGUGGACUCCUCUUUGCCCUUGCCACUGGUGUGCGCUCCAACGGGCUGGUCAACGUUGGCUUCCUCGUGCAUUCUCAGUGCCGAGGCUUUUUCUCUUCUCUCAUGGUGAGGAAUCCUCUGAGACAGCUCUUGAAGCUGAUGGGCUCUGUGUUCCUGUCAGUGCUCACACUUAGCCUUCCCUUUGCCCUCUUUCAAUAUUACGCCUAUACCCAGUUCUGUCUGCCAGGCCCAGCCUACCCCAUUCCUAAGCCCUUGCUGCAGUUAGCUGUGGACAAGGGCUACCGAAUCGUAGAGGGAAAUGAGCCGCCUUGGUGCUCCUGGGAUCUUCCCCUAAUAUACAGCUACAUCCAGGAUAUCUAUUGGAAUGUUGGCUUUUUGAGAUACUAUGAACUCAAGCAGGUGCCCAAUUUUCUACUGGCUGCGCCAGUGGCUAUACUGGUUGCCUGGGCAACUUGGACAUAUGUGACCACCCAUCCUUGGCUCUGCCUUACACUUGGGAUGCAAAGGAGCAAGAACAGAGAGACCCCAGAGAAGCCUGAGCCUGGAUUCCUCAGUCCUCGGGUGUUCGUGUACCUCGUCCACGCUGCAGCGCUGCUGCUGUUUGGUGGUCUGUGCCUGCAUGUUCAGGAACUGCUAUACUGUUUUCCACAGGAUUUGCAUCAUUUUGUAUUCCCAGUAGCAGUGCACAAGGAUCCAAAUUUCUCUACAUCCUCACCAACACUUAUUUUCCUUCUUCUCUUUUUUUAAAAUACUAGCCAUCCUAGUGGUUGUGAAGUUGUAUCUCACUGUAGUUUUGAUUUGCAUUUCCGUAAUGAUUAGUGAUGUUGAGCAUCUUUUUAUGUGCUUAUUGGCCAUUUGUAUACCUUUGGAGAAAUGUCUAUUCAGAUCCUUUGCCCUUUAUUUACUUUUUUUGGCCUCACCACGUGGCAUGCAGGACCAUAGUUCCCUGGCCGGGGAUGAACCUGCGCCCCCUGCAGUGGAAGCGUGGAAUCUUAACCACUGGACUGCCAGGGAAGUCCCCCUUUGCCCUUUUUUGUUUUUGGCUGCUUUGGGUCUUCAUUGCUGCACACAGGCUUUCUCUAGUUGUGGUAAGCAGGGGCUACUCUUCACUGCGGUGCGCGGGCUUCUCAUUGUGGUGGCUUCUCUUGUUGCGGAGCGUGGGCUCUAGGCGCGCGGGCUUCAGUAGUUGUGGCACAUGGGCUCAGCAGUUGUGGCUCGCGGGCUCUAGAGUGCAGGCUCAGUAGUUGUGGCUCACGGGCCUAGUUGCUCCGCGGCAUGUGGGAUCUUCCCGGACCAGGGCUCGAACCCAUGUCCCCCGCAUCGGCAGGUGGAUUCUUAACCACUGUGCCACCAGGGAAGCCCAGGUCUAACAUUCUUACACAUGUGAAUAUCCAGUUUUCCCAGCACCAUUUAUUGAAAAGACUGUCCUUUCCUCAUUGAAAGGUCUUGGAGGUCUUCUCAGAAUCUUUUGACUGUAUAUGCAAGGGUUUAUUUCUAGGCUCUGUAUUCUAUUCCAUUGAUCUAUAUGCCUUUCUUUAUGCCAGUACCCCACUGUUUUGAUUACUGUAGAUUUGUAGUAAGUUUUGAAAACAGGAGGUAUGAGACCUCCAAUUUUAUUCUUCUUGUACAAAACUGUUUUGGCUAUUCAGGGUCCCUUGAGGUUUCAUAUUAAAUUUAGGUAGUCAAAGCUUUUUUCUUUUGGGCUCAUAAUUUCUUUGGCAAUACAGUUACCUCAAAAUAUUUUUGGAGGUGGGCUUCCCUGGUGACACAGUGGUUGAGAGUCCGCCUGCCAAUGUAGGGGACACGGGUUCGUGCCCCGGUCCAGGAAGAUCCCACAUACCACGGAGCGGCUGGGCCUGUGAGCCAUGGCCGCUGAGCCUGCGCGUCCGGAGCCUGUGCUCCGCAAUGGGAGAAGCCACAACAGUGAGAGGCCCGCGUACCGCAACAAACAAACAAGCAAACAAAAAACAAAAAAACAAAAAAAAAUAGUUUUGGAGGGACUUCCCUGGUGGCGCAGUGGUUCAGACUCCGCACUCUCAAUGCAGAGGGCUCGGGUUCGAUCCCUGGUCAGGGCACUAGAUCCCACAGGCAUGCCACAACUAAGAGUUCGCAUGCCACAACUAAGGAGCCCACGUGCUGCAACUAAGGAGCCCACAUGCCACAACUAAGGAGCUGGCAAACUGCAACUAAGGAACCCUUGAGCCACAACUAAGGAGCUCCCCGGCUGCAACUAAGACCUGGUGCAACCAAAUAAAUAAAUAAUAAAAAUAUUUUUAAAAAAGAGACAACAUUGUAAAUGAACUUUACUCCAAUAAAAAAUAAACAUUAGGGACUUCCCUGGUGGUGCAGUGGUUAAGAAUCCACCUGUCAGUGCAGGGGAUAUGGGUUCAAGCCCUGAACCAGGAAGAUCCCACAUGCCAUGGAGCAACUAAGCCCGUGCACCACAAAUACUGAGCCUGUGCUCUAGAGCCCGUGAGCCACAACUACUGAGCCUGAGUGCCACAUCUACUGAAGCCCACACACCUAGAGUCCGAGCUCUGCAACAAGAGAAGCUACCAUAAUGAGAAGCCCACACACUGCAACAAAGUAGCCCCCGCUCACCGCAACAAGAGAAAGCCCAUGUGCAGCAACAGAGACCCAACGCAGCCAAAAAUAAAUAAAUAAAUUUAUUUAAAAAAAAUUACAUUUAAAAAAUAAAAGAAGUAAUGAGACACAAGCUUUAAAAAUAUAUAUAUAUUUUUGGUAUAUAAGUCAGAAUUCUCCAGAGAAACAUAACCAAUUAGAUGUACGUGUGUGUGUAUCUGUAUCUAUAUGUAUGUAUGUGUCUAUAUACAUAGAGAGAGAUUUUAAUGAAUUGGCUCAUAUGAUUGUGGAGGCUGCCAAGUCCACAAUCUGCUGGGUAGGCCAGCAGCUGGAGACCCAGUGGAAGAGCUGAUGUUAUAAUUUGAGUCUGAAGGCAGUCUAUUGGCAGAAUUACCUUUUUCUCAGGGAACGUCCAUCCUUUUUCUAUUAAGACCUUCAACUGAUUGGAUGAGACCCACUCAAUUUAUGGAGGAUAAUCUGCUUUUACUCAAGUCUACUGUUUUAAAUGGUACUCUCAUCUGAAGAAAAACCUUCACAGAAACAUCUAGAUUAUUUGACCAAAUAUCUGUGUACUGUGGCUUAGCCAAGUUGACACACAAAAUUAACACAACAGAUUUCUGCUCUAUUUGCUUCUAGUCAGAUCCAUGUGACACUAACCACAAGUUCUUUCCUAGAUAGAAUUCUUAAGCUGAUAUAUUUAUAUCCUCAUCACCCCCUUGCUUCACUCUCAGCGUAAUAGUGGCUACAUUGAAGUCAUAUGAAGUAAGUGGAAAGGCCACACUCUUCACCUGAUAUUUGCCUUAGAGGUAAUCACAUCUUUCACCUCAUGUUGUUCAAGACAUUUUUUGAUCUUAUACAAUUUGUAGUCAAGAAGCAGUCAUCUUUUCUGACCCUGAAAGGCCCAUCAUUUUUGGACUUUCUCCAUUUCCCUUUCACCUCUGCUUGAAAAUCAGCUAAUUUUCACCUAAUUUCACCUCUUUCUUCUAAUACUUUAUAAAGACACUUGUGCUAGUUAUUAAGUUAUUGUCUCAGCUCCAAAUCCACCCUUCUACUUUCUACUAUGAGAUAGUGGAGCUGGGACUCUGCAAAUCACUUUUCUGUUAGCUGACUCUACUUUGGGCUCUGCCAAUAGGGUCCACUAGAGGGCGAUAGUGAGGUCAUAGGAGGAAGAAAGGACUCCUUUCUUCCUUCUGCUUCCUGUUCGUGUGAGGUCACCCUAGCAAUGCUCCUUCACCCCAGCAGCAGCAUUGCCUUCCUAUAGCAACAGCUGAAUCCACUUUGCAGUUUUUCCCAAAAGUUACAAACCCAGCUUCAUGGUGUCCCAGUCAGAGACACCAGCACCAUCUGGAUAGCACCUCUUUCUCAGAAGUGUUGGUCCCUCCUCUAAGUUCAGAGACACCAGACACCAGCACUAGACUUAGAGGUCUGAGUUUCAGCUCUGUAGGGCCCCUCUUCUUCUUCUUUUUUUUUUUUUGGCUGCGCCACACAGCAUGCGGGAUCUUAGGUCCCCAACCAGGAAUCAAACCUGCACCCCCUGCAGUGGAAGCAGAGUCUUAACUACUGGACCACCAGGGAAGUCCAGGGCCCGUCUUCUAAGUUUCUAAGUUUUAGUAAUUCCAAACUCUUUCCUUUGUUCUCCUAGCCCUAGGAGUUAUAGAUGCUUCCUGCUGUUGCUGCCUCCAUGGUAUCUCAGUUUUCUUUACAUCCUUUUAGUUAUCUAGUUAACAACUUUAUACCUAGUUAACCAUUCUAACCAUUCUUUAUGUUAGAUUUUCCCCAAUGACUGGUGUGGUUUCUGUCUCAUUGGUGGGACACUGACUGACACAGAAAUUAGUGCUAGGAGGGGUCCCAGGAAACAGACCUCAAAAGAUGGGAUUAGGGAACUGGUCCGGUUGUGUCAUUGGGUUUGAAUGUGCUAAAGCUGCUUGUCAAUGAGAAACGUGAUGCUGCUAAUCCACGGCAUGCCGUGGCAACAUGAUUAAUUAAAUUAUCACCUGUGGUUAUUUGUGAUGAAGUGCCAACUAAAAGGCAAGUGCCUUGGGGGCCCAAGUGGUUGUUGCGCCUGACUGUUAUGGCAGUGAUGAUGGCUUACAGGGACUUUGUAUGGGAAGAAUUCUUCUGAGUGCAUCAGAGUCCUUGCAGAAAGAAAAUGACAAGCUUGGGUCUUUAGAUUUUUUUGAUGUGGACAAUUUUUUUAAAGUCUUUAUUGAAUUUGUUACAAUAUUGCUUCUGUUUUAUGUUUUGGGUUUUUUUUGGCUGCGAGGCAUGUGGGAUCUUAGCUCCCUGACCAGGGAUCAAACCCACACCCCUUGCAUUGGAAGGCGAAAUCUUAACCACUGGGCUGCCACGGAAGUCCCAAGCUUAGGUCUUUAAACUCUCGGCUCAAGACAUGGUCAGAGAGUCACAGAGCUUCCAUGAUAGCCAUAAAAGAAUCUCUUAUUUCUUGUAGCCACCAGCCUUAUUUGCUACAAAUAAAACAAAAAUAUGGUGCAUGUUGUAGAAUUUCAUCAGUUGAAUUCAGUCUGACUAAGCCUUUCCUGUGAUUGAGAAGAAGUGGGACCCUAAAACUUGGAAUGGAGACAUGUGGUUUGACUCUCUUCUAGGUUCUCAGAGUCUCCUCCAUUCUGCCAGCAGAUGGAAAGGAGAGCGGAGAUCAGCACUUGAGAGUUUUAUGGGACAGUCUGUCACUUCCACUCAUAUUCCAUUAGCCAGGAUUCAGUACCUCUCUGUAAGAGAGGCUGGGAACUGUGGGUUUUGGUGAGAAUGGGUAGUGUAUGCCACACUAAAUGGGUCACUAGUGACAUUUAAGAUAGAAUUCUUAGGGGAGUUGUAAAAAGUUAAGAAAUGAUUAAGUGACAGGGAAGUGGUAGCUACUUUUUAAUAAGAGUGGCUAAUGAGAGAGAAAAAGAUAAACCUGAAGCUAGAGUGAGGAGGUAGCCAAACACGGAAAGCAGUUUCUGUUGUUGGUUUUUUAGUUUAGUUUUGCAUUUUAAUUGAUAGAGGAGAAUUGAGAUGCAUUUGUAGUCUCAGAGAACAGGAAGAGAGAUAGGACAUGAGUGGAGGGUUGGCCAUGGACAGAAUGAGGCCCACAUCUUUAAGAUGAGAGGAAAGGAUUGAUACAAAUAGAAAUUAUGAGGUCGAGAGGAGGGUAGCUAACAGUCAAGCAGGAUAGUUUUGGUUUCUGUAAAGUGACAAGGAGCAAGAAUUAGGGUUGCAAGAAGAUCCAGUUGAGGUGGGACAGGAAUCUGUAUUUGAACCAGUAUGUCCAGUUUUGUGGAUUUGUUCCACAGCCAAAGAGCAAGAGGGGAGGAAGUCCACAAUAUGGCUCAUUCCAAGGUCGGGCUCAUCAAAUCCAGAAUCUUUGGCACCAAGGGCAUGGUUCUCUGGCCUUUGUCAUGUGUAAAAAUUACAGAACCUUGAGGUCAUUGUUGCUGUCUUUCUACCCCUCUGCAUCGUGUAUUCUGACUUCUUUUCUUACUCUCUCCUAGCCUAGUCUCCAGCUCUCUCUUUUCCUAUACUUUUCCUUAGGUUUUCCAGUAACCCCAGUGUGGUGGACAGACCCUAAGGUGAGCCUCAGUGAUUCCUGCCUGCUGGUAUUCACACUUUUGUGUGAUCCUCUUGAGUUCAAGUGGGACCUGUGAUUUGCUUCUAACCUAUAAAAUAUGGUGAAGGUAUUGGGCUGCCACUCCCAUUACAUAUAUGUUACGUUAUGUAAAACUCUGUGUUAGCAGACUGGGGCUAGAGAUUCUCCUUGUGGGCUUGAUGAAGUAAGAGGCCAUGUUGUAGAAGCCCACGUGGCAAGGAACUGUGGUAACCUCAAGGAACUGCAGGUGGCCUCUGAAACCUCAGGGAGGCCUCUGGGUGACAGCCAGGCCCUCCGUCAGACAGUCACAAGGAAAUAAGUUCUGCCCACAAAGCCUGAGUGGGUUUGCAGGUAUUUUCUUCCCCAGUUGAGUUCCCAGAUGAGCAUGCAGCCUUGCUGACAUCUUGAUUGCAGCCUUCUGAGACUAAGCAAAGGGCUCAGCUAAGCAGUCCCAGUGCUCCUGACCUGGAACCUGUGAGAUAUAACGUGUGUUGUUUUAAGUCACUAAAUUUGUGGUAAUUUGUUACACAGCAACAGAAAAAUAAUACACCCAGAAUUCCUGAAAAACCCUGGGGCUGGGGCUUCCCUGGUGGCUCAGUUUUUAAGAAUCCACCUGCCAAUGCAGGGGACACAGGUUCGAUCCCUGGUCUGGGAAGAUCCCACAUGCUGUGGAGCAACUAAGCCCGUGUGCCACAACUACUGAGCCAGCGCGCCUAAAGCCCGCGAGCCACAACUACUGAAGUCGGUGCACCUAGAGCCCAUGCUCCGCAACAAGAGAAGCCACCGCAAUGAGAGGCCUGCGCACCGCAACAAAGAGUAGCCCCCGCUCGCUGCAACCAGAAAAAGCCCACGCGCAGCAAAGAAGACCCAACACAGCCAAAAAUAAAUUAAUAAAAUAAAUUAAAAAACAAACAAACAAACAAAAAAACACUGGGGCCCUGUGGCAUCAACCUUGCAUUAGGUGAUAGGAAACCUGGGUCUGGGUGCAGGUCACAGAGCUGGGUGAGGGAGGACAGGAUGUGCCACACAUACCCCUUGGACACUUUGAACUUCAACACAGUAAUUAAUAGGCCCCUGGCUUUCAAAGCAGAUUGUAUCCCCAUCCCCACCCCUGCUGGCCCCGCAAAAUGCCUGUCCAGUAGGUAGGUCAUCAGAGAUGGGUGAAGCCUGGCCCUGAAAAUACAGAUUGCCAGAAGUAGUUCACGAAAUCCACCUCUCGAAUCUCGGCGCUCGGCACGGCGCCCGGAAUACAGCGGACGCCCAACAAAUGGUUUGAUUGCAAAAGAACAGAAAGAGUCCUGGAGCGCGCCUCUGCUGCCCCGUCAUUGUGCAGCAGGGAUCGGGGCGGCAGGGGAUUGGUUGGGGCCCUGCAGCGGGUCAGGACCCGGCCGCGCGGCCCGAGCGCCAUCCCAGGCCCAG